AUGUCUUCUUCGGUGCAUUCUGCAGAGCUGACCCAGCGACAUUCGUCGGCGUCGUACCAGAUCGAGUCCGGAACGUCGGACUCGGACAAUGCCAAACUGGAACAGAUGGGAUACAAGGCCGAACUCCAGCGGUCGUUUUCCAUCUGGUCGGUUUUGGGAGUGGGAUUUGGGCUGACUAAUUCGUGGUUUGGAAUUUCCGCGGCGCUGAUCACGGGAAUUUCGUCCGGUGGCCCUCUUCUGAUUGUCUAUGGAAUCAUCAUCAUUGCCUCGGUCUCCACCUGUAUUGCCAUCACUCUGUCGGAGCUGUCUUCGGCCAUGCCCAAUUCCGGCGGUCAAUACUACUGGACUCUCCAGCUGGCGCCCAAAAAGUACGCCAACUUCCUGGCGUAUGCGUGCGGCUCUUUUGCGUGGGCCGGCUCCAUUUUUUCGUCGUCUUCUGUCACCCUUUCCAUUGCCCAGGGAAUUGUAGGAAUGUACGCGCUUGAUCACGACGGAUUUGAGGUGAAAAAAUGGCAGAUUCUGGUUGCAUACCAGCUGCUCAACUUCUUCAUGUUCUGGUUCAACUGCUACGGCCGAGCGCUUCCCUACGUUGCCAAAACAGCCCUCUACGUCAGCAUCUUUUCCUUCAUCACCAUCACCAUUACCGUGCUGGCAUGUUCGUCAGGAAAGUACCAGAGCGCGCACUUUGUGUUUGUGCAAUUCAACAACAACACAGGCUGGAAACAGGCCGGAAUGGCGUUCAUCGUCGGUCUCAUCAACCCCAACUGGUGCUUCUCCUGUCUCGAUUGCGCUACUCACAUGGCUGAAGAGGUGCCCAAGCCCGAACGGGUCAUUCCCAUCGCCAUCAUGUCGACCGUGGCCAUCGGGUUCGGAACCUCCUUCUGCUACGUCAUCUCCAUGUUCUUCUCCAUCCAGAACCUCGAGGCCAUUUUCGCCUCCACCACCGGAUCGCCAAUCCUCGACAUUUACUACCAGGCCCUCAACAACAAGGCCGGAGCCCUCUGUCUCAUGUCGCUGCUCAUGAUCACCGCGUUCGGAUGCAACAUUUCGUCCCACACGUGGCAGGCGCGACUCACAUGGUCGUUUGCACGUGACCGAGGAAUGCCUGGCUCCAAAUAUUGGUCCCAAGUCGACCCCAAGCUCGGAGUGCCCCUGUACGCCCACCUGAUGAGCUGUACUUGGUGUGCCAUUCUCGGAUGUCUUUACAUGGCCUCCGAGACCGCAUUCAACUCCAUGGUUGUUGGUUGCAUCUCCUUUUUGCUGCUUUCGUACUGCGUUCCCGUCAUCUGUCUGCUCCGAGUUGGCCGAAACAACAUCCAGCGCGGCCCCUUCUGGCUCGGCAAAAUCGGCCUUGUGGCCAACAUUGUCGUCAUUGCCUGGACUGUCUUUGCCUGCGUCGUCUACUCGCUGCCCUUCACCAAGCCCGUGACCCAGGAGAACAUGAAUUAUGUCUCUGUCGUGCUGGUGGGAUACUUUUUGUACAUGGUCCUUUACUGGAAGUUGCGGGGCAACCGAACGUUCCGAAGCCAUGAGGAGCGUGAAGGAUUGGUUGAGGAAGACCGGGAUGAGAAGGAUGAGCGGCACCCGGACCAUUUGCCUGAAAAGCUGAAGGAUGUGGUUGGUGUUGUGCAGUAG